AUGGACCUGGACAUGGGAAGCCUUGCAGCCCUGGCGUUAAUGAGCUCGAUUGGCAUGUUCAGCUGCGCCAUCACUGGAUUUGGAGAGAACAUCAUCUAUCAGCUUGGCUGGUACGGCAUGUCACUGCUUGGCUUAUCCUCCGGGCACCUACUGCAGUCCGUGACCAUCCUGACCGUGAUCAACUGGCCCCUGGCAAUCACGCAAGCCUUCCUGACGAGGCAGUACGUGAACGUGCGCUUGGCUGCGGCGCUGGGCACGUUUUCGGGCUUAGCGUGCGUCGUUGGCGUGUCGGUCUUGGUCCGCUUCGACAACGUAUGGCUUAAACGCAGCCUGGGUGCAGUGCUUGUUCUGCUUUGGCUUUGGCAGAUAGCCCUGGAGAAGCGAGUGAAGCGUGUACUGGAGGAGAACCAAGACUUCGAUGUCUGUGAACGCAAGAAUUUCCUCCUCGCAGCUGUGACAGGCACGUGCUCUGGCCUUCUGAGCGGGCUCUUUUCGACACCAGGGCCACCCAAUAUGAUCUUCGUUCUUGUGGCACAAGUCAGCAGCCAGGAUGAGUGGCGGAGUACUCAGGCGGCGCUCAACUUUCUGCAGCUUCCCGUGCGCCUCGCGGCGAUCACAGCCGAGACGAGCUUGGAAGAUGUUGCGCUUCUGUGGCCCCAGAUGCUGCUGAGCUUCAUCUUCGGAUUUCUGGGCUUGCUGCUGGGCAAUCGAGCAGCGCCCUUCGUUUCGGAGAAGAUCUUUCGGGAGCUGAUUCUGACGUUUUUGCUGCUGGGAGGCCUCACGAUGCUUACAGCAGAAGCUGGCUGGCUCACAGGGGCAGUCUUGUUCUUCGCUGGCGUCGGUGUUGCGGCCAAAUUUGCUUGGUCAGCAUGGGCCUCUACAUCUACUAACGAUUCCAGUGGCACGUCAAUGCUUGACGAUUUCGAUGAGGCUGUGCGGGAGCGCGCCAUCGCAAAGGUACAACUUCAACUCUCCGAGAUCCCAGAGGAUGACAUGGGCAACGGCGUGCCAGAAGACUUCCUCGAGGAGGCGAAGGCUGUAACUGAUGGCCACGUCGUCCUGCUUGACAAUGCAAUCAACGAGGACGGUGAGCCCAUGUGGGCCAUUGAUAUCCAGGAGUCGGUUGCGCGAGGCAUCACCGCCAACUCGGUGCAGAACAGGUAUUUGGACAUGCUGGAGUCCCUGAAGCUCAAGGCCUUCCUGAUGAACGCGGAGAAGGAGAGCCAGGUGAUGGACAACGAGGAUAUGGACGUGAAGUUGGACAACGCCCCUCUCUGCGCGCUGAUGCAACAGUCUGUGGGCGACGUGUUUUCGCCCGAGGUGGUGGUGGAGGCCUUGGGCGCAUCCUUGUCCGAGGGCAUCUUGCAGUUGCGGCUGCAGGAACAGAAUCUGCCCCCGAGACCUCCAGCUGGCUUUGUGAUCAUCGAAGUCCACGCAGCUGCGGUGAAUUUUCCUGAUUUGCUCAUGACCUGCGGUGGUUAUCAGUAUCGCCCGCAGCUGCCCUACACACCUGGAACGGAAGCUGCUGGCAUCAUCCGGGCGGUGGGACAGCAGGUCAAAGGUCUCUCAGAAGGGCAGCAGGUGAUGGUGAGCCUUCCUGAGGGCUGCAUGGCCUCCUGGCUCACUGCUCCCGCAGCUGCCUGCACGGCCCUGCCACCCAGGCUCUCCCUCCAGGAAGGAGCCGCCUUCAGUGUGGCCUUCUCCACGGCCUUUCAUUGCCUCGUGGAGAGGGCGCACACCACGGCCGCCGACUGCGUGCUGGUGAACGGUGCUACCGGUGGAGUGGGAUUGGCAGCUGUCCAGGUGGCUCGCGCGCUCAAGUGCCGCAAGAUCAUUGCCACGGGCCGGGGCCGGGAGAAGCUCGCCGUGGUCGCGCGCCUGGGCGCGACCUGCUGCCUGGAUCUGGAGGAGGUCACGCUGGCGCAGGCGCUGAAGGCCGAGACCGGCGGCCAGGGUGUGGAUGUGGUGUUUGAUACCAUCGGAGGCGAGGUCUUCGACGAGUCCUUGCGCGGAACGGCUUGGGGCGCUCGUGUGCUGGUCGUUGGCUUUGCAUCUGGGAAGCACCCCAGCAUCCGCGCGAACUAUGCGUUGAUCAAAGGUCUUACCAUCAUGGGCUGCCGUGCAGGUGAAAGCGUGCGUCGAGACCCCACUCUUCAUGGUCCUCGCAUGAAGCAGCUGCUGGAGUGGGUGGCGGCUGGUGAGAUCCGACCCCACAUCUCGCAUGAGUUUCCCGUGGAGGACGUGCAGGAGGCAUUCCGGACCGUGCUCGAGCGCCGGGUCAUUGGCAAGGCCGUCGUCACCUUCGCCCAGGCCAGCAAGCUUUGA